UGCAGUAAGAGGAAGAGGACAGAACAUUUAGACUCUCUCUUUCUCUGUGAAUGUAACCCAACGUGCCCUUCAGACCUCCUUUUGUUCCAUGCAGAGCACUGAUGUCAAAUAUGACCCCCACCUCAGACGCUCCAGAGGGUCAGCUGAUCUGUCCCCUGCUACAGAUGAUGAAGGAGCACAGACUCAACAACAACACACAGGCCAAUAUGGUGGUGGUUUGCAUUCAUGGUCUGGUUUCCUGCCUGGGGAUCUUAGAGAACGCCCUCAUUCUCUUUGUAGUGGGCUUUCGCUUGCAGCGCCGCACAGUGGCCUCUGUCUGGGUGCUCAACCUGGCCAUGUCGGACUUCCUGGCAACCCUGACGCUGCCCCUCUUCACCUUCUACCUUUACUCCUCACAUAGCUGGGAACUCGGCAGCCUACUGUGCAAAACACAAGCUUCCAUCUUCUUCUUGAACAUGUUUGUAUCCGCAUUCCUGCUGGCAGCCAUUUCUCUGGACCGCUGCCUUCUAGCGGCAAAGCCAGUAUGGAGCCAGAAUCAUCGCUCAGUGGGAGGAGCAUGGAAGGUGUGCGUGGUGGGUUGGCUGUGGGCAGCAAUUAAUACAUUACCUUACUUUAAAUUCCGUGCAGUGACUGAGAAACUGGAUGGAAGGAAACUGUGCUAUCAUCAUUUCGCCUUGUAUUUAUCCUCUCUAGCGACUCUGGAGAGAGACUGCAAAGUGAGACAGGCAGCAACAGCCAUCUCCAAGUUACUACUAGCAUUCCUGCUCCCCCUAGUGGUGAUUGUAGGGAGCUAUAUCCAAAUUGUUCUCAGCUUGAGGAAGAGGAGCAGGAAGAGGAUGCAGAGUGUCAGCAGGCUCACUGACGCACUGAUUUUGUCAAACAAAGACGGAGCAUCAGGAAAUACAACCACAACUACAAAAACCACUAACAUCUUUCUCAAGCCUCUGGCCUCGGGGCGAUCUUCAUCCCUGACACCUACUACUCCCAAUAAGACAAGUCCCAUUCAGCUGUCCCAGAGCUUCACCAAGAUGGUGACAUUUGUGAUUGCAGCAUUUGUACUAUGCUGGGCUCCCUAUCACAUCUUCUGCAUAAUUGAAGUAACAGCCCAGUACUGGCCCCAACAUCUCCACCAUGUGGAGGUGGGACUGCCCCUGGCCACAACCUUAGUAUUCUUGAAUCCUGUGCUGAACCCCAUUCUUUACACCUUCAGCUGCCCAAACUUCUGUGUGAAAAUAAGACAGAGUCUGGGAGCACUUUUCGAUGGUCUGGUAGAGGAAGGAGGGGGGUUACUGAUGAUGCCAGGCAGAAGUUUAAGAGCUAAUGUUAGGCGGAGGAGCAGUCGAGAUGUGAGCCUUGCAACACCAGGGUCUCCGAAUUCCCCCCAUCAAUCACCUGAUAGCCAACCACCCUUCAAACUGCCUUCACCCUCUGAAGGCCUCAAAGACACUCACAUAGAAAAAACCAGUGAGGAAUCACAAGAUGAGGUGGAGCAUAGCUGACAUGCUAAAUUUUUGCCUUUUUGUUGGAUUAAGUGGAAUCAAGACAGAAAUAUCUUGAUGUACAUGUAGGCCUAAUUAAACGAAACACCCAUCUUUUCCAAAACACAGGUAGAAUAGGCAUUAGUGGUAUAGUAUGGAUGGUAGUAGUAUCAUAGGCUCAGUAGGUUCAUGGUAUUCCCUGUCAUGGUGGCAUCAGGCUCGAGGGACUGCACUGUCAAUCUGUCUCUCUCAGAAUUAAAUAUUUUAACAGUUAUUGGAUGGCAAUUGUUACAAACAUUCAUGGUUACCAGAGGGUGAAUCUGAUUGACUUUGGUGAUCCUCAGACUUUUCAUCUAGCGCCAUCAUCAGCUCAAAUUUUGUCCAGUAAUCUACUUUGGUUUAUGACCAAAUACCUGCAGAACCGUUGACUUUCCCAUCAGUCUCAGCAGUAGUUGUGUUUUGUGCUAAUUAACAAAUGUUAAAAUGCUUAGACACUGAACUAGCAACUAGCAUUAUCCCCGUGUGACUGUUAGCAUGUUGCACCACUGUUCAUGGGGAAGAGGGUGAUCUCCUGACUUUUCCUCUGGUGCUAGCAUGAGGUUGACUUUAGUGGCAUUAUGUCAGAUGUUUCAAUAACUCUUACAUGUUAGGUGUUUCUUGGGUUAGCCAGGGAAUGUGGUAUAGAAACUAAUAUCACCCUUCAGGAUAAAUUGUAAUAUCUUUCUAUGGAGCACUAUCAUCAGGUCCAUAUAGUAAUUUGUCUAACACAAAUGACGUAAUCCUGAGCUGUAAUUCACAUUAUACCUGCAAAACAUCAGUAAGUUAACAUUGUUGGCAUUUAGCUCAAAGCAGUGCUGUUCCUACAGUGAGUGCAGCCCCACUGAGCCAUUUGGCUGUAGAUUGUCGUCUUUAUGUUUUGAUUACAUAUUUAGGAACCAUCACCAAUAUUUGCAUUUCAACUUAAAUGUUAUCAUAAAGUGGUUUACACAGCACUGAAUGGCCUCACGUAUGCCAUGAAUGAUUUUUUUUGUUUGCAUGACUUUGGUAUUGAAGUAAAAAAACAUUUAGAUAUUAACUUCAAUCCAGUCACUUUUCCAGUUAAAGGUUUUACUUAAAGACCUUUCAGUGAAGUCUGCUGACAAGUUAUCAUCUUGUGCCCUGAAGUACCUCAACUUUUCCCUUCUCGUAAAUGGUAAAUAUAAGCAGAAAAGUAGGUGAAACAAUUUAUCAAACAGAACUUGGGGUCACUCAAUGAAUAAAAAUAUAAAAAAAGAAAACAAAUACAUUUUCUCUUCACCAAAACUUGUUUAGUAUUUCAAAUGUAAUUCAAAUGAAACAUGAUAAAUAAGAAUUGUAAACAAAAGGCCAAAGCUUUUUACUGUAUGGGCUCACAUGACUAAAACUUUGCUUUCUAUAUUAUGUGCUGCAGGUUUCAGCAACCAGAGAGCAGUAAAGCACUGAUUACAUACAGACGUGAAAUUUUAAGUAGGAUUAUGCUUUUCAGGUUUUGUAAUCCAGGUGCACUUCAAAUCUGAACUCCUGCACGUCUGUCCACCUCUCAGAGUGAUUGGAUUUGAUCGUAUCUGCUAUCCAUUUUGAUUGACUGUGUCAUCACUGCCAUUGUAGCUGUCUGGUUCCAUCACACUCAAUCAGACACACCCACGCACACACGAGCUAAGGUGUAAUGUAGGCCACAGCAGUGGGAUUACCAUGGAGGUACUUGUAAUUUGGAGAGACUGAAGAAUCCAAAAUAUAAAGACAGAGCAGGAUUAAAUCUAAUAAAGCAGACUGACAUACAAAGCUGCUUCCUCUCAGCCAUUCAUUUCCAGCAGAUUAUUUUUCUCUCUUCCUUUGUGACCCCCCCAAUGCACACACACACACACACACACACACACACAAACACACCAUCCAUACCAUAUAACUGUAGCAGUGCCUCUUAUGAUGAAACAAAUGAAUAUGUUUACAGAUAAUUAAAAGUGACAAAGAAACAGAAAUGAAAAAAGAGGAAAGAGGGACAAUUAAAAAAGAAAAGUUUUGCCACAUGCAACCUACAUACAUGCCACUAAACUAUUUUACAGUUAGCAAAAACAAGAAUGUGUUCAAAAAGCUUUGUGGGGAUUAGGUUAGGCUAAAUAUUGAUGGGAGAGCAGUUGCCUUUUCUUUUGUUUUCUCACCUCAAACUUACAUUCUGUUUUGGUUGCUGCUCCCAAGCUUUAUUGCAAAAUAGGGAAAACACAUAAAUGAUAAUCCUAAUCAGCCAGUAUUGCAGUACCAGUAGUUAAACCAGUAGUCAAGCCAAUAUUUCAGUUUUGAUAAACACAGAAUAUACUGCAUCUCUAUAAAUAUAUGUGAUCGCAAAUUAUCUCUACAAAGUCUUAUCUCGCUUAAAAAUAAAGGAUGCCAAGUGAGCUCAUGACAUAAUCAGUUCACUGUGACAGCUUGUCCAACUGACUCACUUGGAGGUAGUAUAAACCCUAAUUUAGCAGCUCUUCUUCAAAUAAUAAUACUAUUUUAAGACAAUGAUUGUUCCAUUAAGAUAAUGUGGUAUAAAUAUGGGUAAAUAGUCAUAGAUUGUUUUCAUUUUGCCUCUUUGAGUUACUAAUGAUGAAAUGAGAUAAACCCCUUUAAUUUGUAUUUUGAUAAGUUAGAGGGACGGUCUAUGACACAGGGUCGAUCUCAUGAAAAUAUUGAUAACACUGGGGAGAGUCCUGCUUUUUAGAAAAAUUAAACAUGAGGUUUCACCUUCCUUCCUACUCCAGUUAUUUUUAUAAAAGGGACUACUGGAAAGCAGAAUGAAAAUGAUGUAAAUCAAAGCUUCAUUCACUUUGAAAUCUAUAAAGAAGCAGUCAUUUUCUCUGAGAUCAUCAACAGAAACAAUAACAACUCACCUGUGUUAUUUGCUUCAGUGGACAGGUGAACCAACCUUCUGGUUCCAAUAUCUUCUUUUUUAAAAACAAGGUUCAAGGUGUCAGACAUGCAAUUAAUUCUUCAAUGCCAAAAAUAUUAA